UGCCUCAUGGGGAGGUGCCGGAGGUGCUUUUGGAGGUGCCGGAGGUGCUUCAUGGGGAGGAGCCGACUUGGGAGCCAGUUGGAGCGGUUCAUCUGGAUUCGAAGGAGGUUAUGGAGGUGGAUACGAUGCUGGAUAUUCAUCAUCCGGAUUUGAAGGAGGUUAUGGAGGAGGUUAUGGAGGAGGUUAUGGAGGAGGUAAGCGAUGUGGUUAUUCAUACAGUUACUUUUGACAAAAAAUUUCAGUAUAAAAAUGA